AUCUAAUUAACGUCAUUAUUAUAAUUUUAAAACGCGUAUGUUUUCAUCUUGUUUCAGACAAUACUAUCUUUAUAUAUUAUGUUAGAUUGCUGAUAAUAUAUAAUAUACCUAACAUAAAAUUCAGAGAGUAUUCAUAAGUCUUCACUUUGGAGUAAAUUCAUUAAAAUUUAUACUAUUUAUGGAAACCUGGGGUAAUUGGACAUUUAAUAAUGAAAACGAAGAUUUGUUGGCCAAAGUGUUGAACAAGUUUGCUUCGAAUCAAUGCAGUUUAGAUACGCCGAAAAAAGUUCUUUUGUCGUCCUUAGCUGCUUCAUCAAAAACUGUACAAGUUGAAAUCUCCAGUUCGAGCAGCGAUGACAGCGAUAUUGAUGGAGACUUUAACGCCGUUCAGACUUUUUAUCCAAAUAAAUCCUCUACAGGCAUAUCAAAUGGAGAAUUUAAAUCUACAACAGCUGUCGUCAAGGACUUGCAAUUACAGUCUGUCUGUACCGGCGUCACCUCGAGACAUUUUGAUGAAGAAUCGCCCUUUCUUUCGAGUCAACCGCAGGUGGAAGACCCUCACGAAAACGCUAUCAAACAAAUCGUAGAAAUGUUAAACGCUGGAGACUACGAUGCCGAAGAGUUGUUUUCGGUGUUGCAGAUAGAGCUGAGGAACCGAAAAGAUGUGUCAGAAAUAAUCGGAGAUGUGUGGCCGGAAAUUGUUACGGACAAUGCUCGUCAUGGUUUUUGUGAAACACUUGUCAAAAUUGAUGUAAAACCACAAAUAAUUUGUGAACAGAUAUAUUUACCCUGGUUCGAAAUACGCGAGUCUAAUUUAACUGGGUUCGUUGAAAGUUUGUCCAAACUGAUCGUCCACUUUCCAGAAUAUGCUUGCAAGUUUUUCUUAGUCAAAUUAUUGAAAGAUAGAGAAUCGAUUCUAGUUAAACACUUGAAUUGGCUGGUGAAAAUCAUGCAGUCUCUCGACCAACAACAUUGGUGUAUACUUUUGAACGAAUACAUAAAUCACUGCGAUGAUUUGGAUCAGUACCAAGUACCAGUUUUGUUGCAUUUGGUGAACAAUUGCCAAAAAAUUUUAAACAACGGAGACACCGAACGUCUGAUUGGGUUAUGCAGAAACGCAGCCUCUAAACAUUCCACAAACAGAGACUUUGGGUUAUUGUUAGUAUCCGUGAUCGGAGCUAUCGACUUAGACAAAUUUUUACCAGAAAUAACGACUAUAUGUGAACAACUCAAGGGUGUUUCAAAAUUUUUGAUCAUGAAAGCUUUAAAGGAUAAAAAAUAAAUCAAUAUAAUAAUAAUAUCCAA